CCCGACGGGCGCUUCCUCGGCGGGUACAUGCAGUUUGCCUACGACGGUGCGGAUUACAUCGCCCUUGAUGAGGACUUGAGCUCCUGGGUCGCAGCGGACACUGCAUCCCAGAAGACACAGCGCAAGUGGGUGGAGGCCGACGUAGCAGAGCAGGACAGGGCCUACCUGCAGGGGGAGUGCGUGGAGUGGCUCGGCAGACACCUGGAGCUCGGGAAGGAGAGCCUGCAGCGCGCAGAUCCCCCAGAGACACAUGUGACCCACCACCCCAUCUCCAAGGAAGAAGUCACCCUGAGGUGCUGGGCCCUGGGCUUCUACCCUGAGGAGAUCACCAUGACCUGGCAGAGGGAUGGGCAGGACCUGACCCAGGACAUGGAGCUGGUGGAGACCAGGCCCGAUGGGAGUGGAACCUUCCAGAAGUGGGUGGCUGUGGUGGUGCCUUCUGGAGAGGAGCAGAAGUACACGUGCCGUGUGCAGCAUGAGGGGCUGCCUGAGCCCCGCACCCUGACAUGGGAGUCACCUCCUCAGACAGCCAUCCCCAUCCUGGGGGUUGUGGCCACUGUGAUUCUCCUUGUAGUUGUGGUCAUUGGAUCUGUGGUUGCUUUCAUGAUGUGGAAGAAGAAGAAGAAAGCAGGGCUGAAAGGAGGGAUCUAUGUUCAGCCUGCAAGUAGUGACAGUUUCCAGAGC